AUGAGGCCUUUAAGUAGAAAAUAUCUCUUGGCCGUGGCUGAACUAGAUAUUACUGUUGAACUUAAGUCAAUCUAUCAGAAUUUUCCUGAUCAGCCUUUUUUACUGCCUUGUCUUGAGUCAUUUUUUAAUGACAUCUAUUAUCAGAUUGAAAUGGCGAUUGAGACACUGCAAAAGUCUGAUGGUCUUUCUACUCACAGAAGCUCUCUUCUCAACAGCCAUCUCCAAUGGCUUUUAGACAACUAUGAAACUGCAGAAGGAGUGAGUCUCCCCAGAAGUACCCUUUACAACCAUUACUUACGUCAUUGUCAGGAGCACAAGUUAGAUCCAGUCAAUGCUGCCUCCUUUGGAAAACUCAUACGGUCAAUUUUCAUGGGAUUACGGACCAGAAGACUGGGAACCAGGGGGAACUCCAAAUACCAUUAUUAUGGGAUUCGUGUCAAACCAGAUUCUCCCCUUAAUCGGCUACAAGAGGACAUGCAAUAUAUGGCUAUGAGACAGCAACCCGUGCAGCAGAAACAGAGGUACAAGCCUGUGCAGAAAGUGGAUGGAGUUGCAGAUGGUUUCACAGGAAGUGGUCAACAGACAGGCACAUCUGCUGAACAAACUAUAAUUGCCCAAAGUCAACAUCAUCAACAGUUUUUAGAUGCAUCUCGAGUACUUCCAGAGUUUGGAGAAGUUGAAAUAUCUUCUCUGCCAGAUGGUACUACCCUUGAGGACAUAAAAACACUGCAAAGUCUUUAUCGAGAGCACUGUGAGGCAAUAGUGGAUGUUGUUGUGAAUCUUCAGUUUAGCCUGAUAGAAAAAUUGUGGCAAACUUUCUGGCGCUAUUCUCCCUGUGCUCCAGCUGAUGACACAGCUAUUAUUGAACUGAGCAAUCUGAGUGAAAUAGAAAGUCGACUUCCAAAAGGAAAACUGAUUACUCUGUGCAAAAAUGAGUCUAUUCUGAAAUGGAUGUGUAACUGUGACCAUGUGAUGUACCAGGCUUUGGUGGAGAUUCUCAUUCCUGAUGUCCUUAGACCUAUUCCUA